AUGGAACGAGAAGGAAGUCCACAGGGAAAAGGGUUAUCUCCGCCGGCCAUUCAUAAGGGAAAUCAGCAAGCACAGGACUUUAAUGAUCAGAACCGGGACCCCAAUUUGACGUCUUUACCGCGUAGAAAGCCCGAUAUCUAUCAGUACGACAUCGGAAACAUGCGUCAGGGACCCGGGGUGGGUAAUGCUGGUAUGUUAUACAAAGAUAGCAAUGUGUCAGUGCCGUUUCAAAGCGCCGACGGAGCGAGCGAUGCCGCUCAGAUCGUGCCUCCAGGCUACAAUGCGCAUUUGCAGGUCAAAGAGACGUACCUUACGGGCCGUCCUUUGCUCUAUUUCACCUCGGUGUUUGUGUCUUUGGGUGUUUUUCUGUUCGGUUACGAUCAAGGCGUUAUGUCGGGCGUAAUUACGGGCAAAGACUUCAAGGACACGUUUAACGACCCUUCACGUGCGGCAAUUGGUAACAUGGUGUCCAUCCUUGAGAUUGGAGCGCUUGUAAGCUCGUUGAUGGUCGGGAAAUUGGGUGAAAAAUGGGGUCGCAGGCGGACUAUCAGGUACGGAUCUUUCGUGUUCAUUUUAGGCGGCCUUUUCCAGACUUUUGCGCUCAAAAUGCGGGAUUUGGUUAUCGGCAGAGUUAUAAGUGGUCUGGGUGUCGGAUUGCUAAGUACCAUUGUACCUAUUUAUCAAUCCGAAAUCUCUCCACCUCAUAAUCGUGGGAAACUUGCUUGUAUCGAAUUCACUGGGAACAUUAUUGGGUAUUGCUCGAGCGUUUGGGUCGACUACGGUUGCUCAUUUUUGGAGGGAAAUGCGUCCUGGAGACUCCCGCUCUUCAUUCAAUGCGUUAUGGGAUCUGGUCUUUUACUCGGAUCGUUUGUCAUUGUUGAAACUCCCAGGUGGCUUUUGAACCACGAUCACGAUGUUGAGGGACUCAUUGUAAUUGCAGAUUUGCAUAGUGACGGUGAUGUCCAAGAUCGCAGAGCUCACGAGGAGUUUCAAGCUAUCAAAGAAACGGUUAUAAUCUCUCGCUUGGAAGGCGAAAAGAAGAGUUACAGCUAUGCGUUCAAGCGUUAUAGAACUCGAAUGCUCAUUGCAAUGAGUUCUCAAAUGUUUGCGCAACUUAAUGGUAUCAACGUUAUUUCCUAUUACGCACCCAUGGUGUUCGAACAAGCUGGGUGGGUGGGACGUGAAGCCAUUUUAAUGACAGGUAUUAAUGGUAUCAUUUACGUUCUUUCGACAGUCCCACCUUGGCAUCUAGUGGAUAAAUGGGGUAGGAGACCCAUCUUACUACUUGGAGGCAUCGUGAUGGGUCUUUCCCUUGUGGCUAUAUCUGUGUCGUUGUUCGUCAACGUCAGCAUAACACCUCGCCUGGUUGUCAUUUUCGUGAUCAUCUUCAAUGCAUUUUUCGGCUUCAGUUGGGGUCCCAUACCUUGGCUUUUCCCCGUUGAGAUCGCACCCAUGGCAGUACGGUCGGCUAUGGCUUCAUGCUCAACAGCUACCAACUGGCUUUUCAACUGGCUGGUCGGAAUCAUGACGCCGAUUUUGCAAGAAAAGAUCAAAUGGCGUCUAUAUUUAAUUCACGCGGCCUCGUGUUUCAUUUCAUUUUGGGUCGUUUUCCGCGUUUAUCCAGAGACGGCGGGUCUCCGGCUGGAGGAAAUGGACUCUGUUUUUGAUGAUAAGUCGUCGACUUUCAGUUUUCACGGGUCUUUAACGGGCGUGGACGUCGAUGCAGCAUCUCUCAGUGCGGGAAAUCCUACCCCUACUGCUGCCAGGGUACCAACCAACCAGCAUGCUCCCGCAAUGGAGCCGGCGAAUCCGAUGCUUGCUCAACAGAAUGUGUUACUCAACCCCUCUUUGCCAAGUGGAAGUAAUCAAAGUGUUAAAUCUAAGCGCACGCUCGCUAGCGCUAACAUGUUUACGGCAGAUUCGAUCGAACCGCCAACUUUGGAAGAGGUUUUGGAGUUCAAAAGACAGCAGCAAGGUGCAAAGCCCUUCCGUAAACUGGUAAGGAGAGGCUCUGAAACUGUUAAUUUGAUAUACGGAAAGGUCAAGGGAUUAGGGAGACAUCAAAAAGACGACGGUGAAUACGGAACAAUACCAAAUGCUGACCUCGAAGCAUCGCAGGAAAACUGA